AUGUCACAUCGACGUGAAGCUGGUGCUGUUCCACCAUGGGUUCUUCCAGAGGAACAUGCACGUUGUUCAGUGAAAAGUGGAAUUAAUCAAUCGACAAAGCUAAAUACUUCAAAUAUUGAUAAUGAAAUAAAAGGAGUAGAUAAUUUAACUCCAAAAAAUGAUCAAAUGAAUAAAGUUUCAAGUGAAUCGAAUGAAACAUCAAUUUUAAAGCCUAAAAAGAAACAACUUUAUAUCACUGGUGGACAAUUAGUAAAUAAUGAUUACAUACAGCACACCGAUCUAUUAAUUGAAGAUGGAAAAGUUAUACAAACUGGCAUAAAAUUAGAAGAAGUACAAUCGGACAUACCAACACUUAAUGCCAAUGGAAUGUUAAUUAUGCCAGCUGGAAUCGAUAUGUCUACUUGUUUGAUACAAAAUAUGAAUUCCAUUGAUAAAGAGGCUUAUAUCGAGGCUACAAAGAAAGCUUUACUUGGUGGAACUACCACAAUUGUUGAUACAAUUAUCUGUCCAAAAGAUUCAUCAGCAAUUGAUCUUUUAUUAAAAUAUCAAGAUACUUUUAAAGAAACAAAAUUUUGGUGUGAUAUUAUCAUUCGUAUUGGUUUUGUGGAAAUACAAGAGAAUCAAAUUAAUGAAAUAGAUCAGUUGACAAAACAGUAUGGAAUUAAUUCUUUUCUUUUUAUUAUUGAUCCAAUUGAAAUGGAUAAAACUUCUUCUAAAGAUUCACAAUACAUUAUGAAUUUAUUAAAAGCUUUCAAUAAAUGUAAACAAACUGGUUCAAUUGCUUUUAUUAAAUGUGAUCUAACAAAGACAAAAAUCACAAAUAAUUCAAUGAAUCCAUUGAAUAAACAAAAUGAUUUAGAAUUAAGAUCAAUUGAAAAAUGUCUAUUUCUGGCUAAUUCAACAAAUUGUCCUGUGAUUGUCACUUCAAUCAAUAAUGUGAAUACAAUUGAGAAAAUUUCGAAAGCAAAACGACAAAUUCCACCAAUACAUAUUGAUGUAUGUUGUACAUCAAGUAAACUGUUACCGAAUACAAAAAAUAAUCAACAAACUGAUAGUGAAUUUUUACAUUUACUAACAAAUGGUGAUAUUAAAUUCAUUUCAAGUGAUCCGUUGAAUAUUGUUGAUACAAAUGAAAAUUUAACUAAUAAUCAUUUACAAACAAUUCAACAAAGAUUAAUAACAAUAUGGGAAAAUGGAGUGCCAUCAGGAUGGUUAGAUGCUACAACAUUUGUCAAUCUUACAUCAACUAAUGCUUCACGUUAUUCUGGAUUAUAUCCAAAUAAAGGAUGUUUACAACCAGGAUCAGAUGCUGAUUUAAUUUUAUGGCCAAAUGAAAAUCCGAUUCAUUCGACGACUAUUCAAUGUCCAAUCUUAGUUAUUCAUCGCGGGAAAUUGAUCGCAUACAAUGGUCAUCUUAUAGAAAAAAAACAAAAUGACGAUAAUAAUAAUAAUAAUAAUUUCAAAGGCAUUCUAUUGAAUAAUAAUUCAAAUGAAAUUCAUACGAAUGAACCAUGUGGAAGGAUACAAAAAGGAAAAUUAUUUCCUUCACCUAUUUAUAAUUUAGUCAAUGCAUCUGAAAGAUUACGUAAAAGAAAUCAAAUGCCCGUUAUUCGUGAACCUUGGACAUUGAAUGAUUUCACUGAAGAAAUAAACACAAUUUCAAAAUUACCGAAUCAUAAUUCUGAACAAACAAACAUUGAAAAUUCUCAAAAUCUAUCCAGUCAUACGUCAUCAUCAAUUCAUAUGCGUACAAUUCGGGGUAAUCGAGAUUUACACGCUUCAGGAUUUUCAUUAAGUGGAGCACAAGUUGACGACGACCAACCAUUACGUACUGGAAUUCGUACACAACAACUACAACAAAAUGAAACAAGAAAUCCAUUAUGGUAG